AUGUCCGCGCCUCCUCCUACCACCAAGUUGUUCGUGUUCGGCCUCGGCUACUCUGCGUCCCGAGCAGCUCGUGCGUUUCACUCUGCCGGUUAUUCCGUAUCCGGAACCGUCCGGUCACUUGAGGCCGCUACCCGAUUGGCGCAGCUCGACCCUCUUUUGUUUCGGGUUGAGCCAUCCUCUAGUCAUCCUCAAAGCGUGUUCCUAUUUGACGGGCACACUUGGAGCGAUGCAAACUCCAUGUCUCUUUAUGACGCACUUAAUGGGGUCACCCAUGUACUUAUUUCUGUACCGACGGGGCACUCGGAGGGUGAGGAAGACCCGGUACUAUUCGCCCUGAGGGAACCACUCCUUCGUGCCACGAAAGACUCGGUACACUGGGUAGGGUACCUAUCAACGAUUGGAGUGUAUGGAGAGACGAAUGGUGUCGAAGUGGAUGAGUCGACUCCAGUUGGAUCGUCGGUUCGUAGGUGUCAGCUCCGGAUCAAAGCUGAACGGCUGUGGCUCGAUUCGGGACUUCCGACUCAUGUGUUUCGAAUUGCAGGGAUCUAUGGCCCCCAUCGAGGAACUAUUGCACGAGUCCGGGCGGGAACGGCCACGAGGAUCCAUAUUCCCGGUCGGAAAUUCAACCGGAUUCAUGUGGACGAUAUCGUCAAUAUCUUGCUAGCAUCGGCGGCUCGCCCGAAUCCCGGGAGAAUCUACAAUGUCUGCGAUGACGAACCUGCUCCAGCGGAUAAGGUCACGGCUUAUGCUUGUGAGCUGUUGAACGAGCGCGUACUUCCCAGACUGUCGUGGGAAGAAGCAGAGAAGACCAUGAGUGCGAUGGCCAAGAGUUUUUACGUAGAAAGCAGGAUCUGCGCGAAUCAUCGAAUCAAGGAAGAGCUGGACGUGAAGCUCAUUUAUCCGACGUACCGUGAAGGGUUUCUUGCUCAAGUGGUGGAGGAAGAUCGACUUGCAAAAGGCGAGUCUGGUAGUGACGUUCUAUUUCCGAUUGUUGGUGAAGCAUCGGAGCGGCUGGUAGUGCUUGUGAACUUUGGCUCACUGCAAGCUGAAGCGUAUCUCGCCCUGCGUCAAAUAGGCUUUCAACUGAGUCGGUUGAUCUGCCAGCCUGUAGUGCCUUGCAGCUUUCAUUUUUCGAAUCGCAUCGACCCUGGGAAGCUGCAUGACCUCGAAGCGAAGACGUUUGACAUGGUACUGAGUGACCAUCUUGCUUGCCGUGGACAGAAGGCCAGCGACAUUGUUAUACUACCAUUGUUCUUUGGAAAAAGCUGUACACUGACGGAAUUCCUACCGAAAACGAUCGAACGGGUGUGGGCCGCAGCAGUUCCGGUGCCCUCGGUACCGCUCACUAUUCGUGUUGGUGCCUGUCUUGUCGACCAAGAAGAUGCAAACAAUGACCCGAUCGCUCGGAUCCUCAUGGAGCGUAUUCAAGAUGUAGUGGACUUGAAUACAGUAAGUGGGGAUGUAUUUAUCCUUGUGGUGAACAAUGACACACCCAAUCAAGAUGUGCAAAAGGCACGUGAGAUCGUUGCUCAGCGGUUGCGUAGCCAUCUGAAGACGAAUAAGCAUGUAAAACUGGUUAAAUCUGCGUGCGUGCAGCGUCGUGGUGGAUCUCAGUGUGAUUUUGAUGGACCACUCCUAGCUAAAGCUCUCGACCAAUUUGUCGUUGAGAAGGGCGUCGUUGUUUGUGCCAGGAUGACCAUGGCGAGUGACGCUUGCGAAGAUGACGAUAUUGACAGUAUCGUCAACGCCUUCCGAACGAGUAAUCCGAGCGUGGAUAUCCGUGUCACGGAGCCACUGAAAACGCACGAUCUGCUGUCUGAGAUUUUGCAGAACCGCUUUAGCAGUGCUCUAUCCAAAGAGACGUGUGAUUACACUUUGCCGUAG